AUUGUUUGCACGUGACUUGACAAACUGCUAUCUGUAUCAUUGUGUAAAGAAAUAUUCGCUUCCUGUAUUUUCAUUAAUAAGUCAGGGGGAGUUUUAAGUUUGAGAGUAAUAAAUAAUUGUCAGCGUAAAACUAUUAUCGUGUUAGGCUGUCAGUUCUCAGAUAAAGCAGCAUCUCGUGAUGAUGGAGAAGAUUAUUAAGGAUGUUGGUGAUAUUCAGUCCAGACUGAUUGAUCACAGACCAGUCCUGCAGGGAGAAAUCAGAUACUUCCUCAGGGAGUUUGAGGAGAAGCGUGCUUUCAGAGAAUGCCGUCUGCUUGAAAACCUGAAUAAGAUGAUAUCUGACACUAAUGAUCAUGAUCUACCGCAAUGCACUGCGAGUAUGCACGAGAAACUGUGUGAUGCACUCACACGGCUUGAAGCAGCAAAUCACAUGGCUCAGAGAAUCCAGCAGAGGGAGCUAGAGGCUGAACAGAGCACUCAUGUCCAGGUUUGUGUGGAGAAGAGGAGGCAGGACUGGGAGGAGUUUCUGAAAGAGCAGGGUGCUCUGAAGGAGGAUGUGGAUGAAGAGCACACUAAAGCUGUCAGCAGACUCACUGCUCAGUAUGAUGAAAUGAAGAAAGACCUGAGCAAAUACAGCGGCUUCUGAACAUCAACCUGACUCUGUGUAUGUGUGUGUUAUUAUUAUGUUUUACUACUGAUAAAUCUAUGCAAUCCAUUUUUUCCUUUUUUAAUUUUGUUAUGUAGGCUAUUUGUUGAUGACAUUAAAGGAAUAGUUCACC